AUGUAUAAAAUGGAUUACUCAUAUCUGAACUCCUAUGACUCCUGCAUGGCAGCCAUGGAAGCCUCUGCCUACGCGGACUUCAGCUCUUGCAGCCAGGCCAGUUCGUUCCAGUACAACCCGAUAAGGAGCGGGCCCUUCUCAAACCCGGGCUGCACUCCCCUCAGCACGGCCAGCUGCACCCUGGGAGCACUGCGGGAGCACCAGCCGACCCCCUACUCCUCAGUGCCGUACAAGUUCUUCUCGGACCCAUCAGGCCUGAAUGAAAAGAGGAAGCAGCGGCGGAUCCGGACCACGUUCACCAGCUCGCAGCUCAAAGAGCUGGAGCGCGUGUUCGCGGAGACGCACUAUCCGGACAUCUACACGCGCGAGGAGCUGGCGCUGAAGAUAGACCUGACCGAGGCGCGCGUGCAGAACAGACGUGCAAAGUUCCGUAAGCAGGAGCGGGCAGCCAACGCCAAGGCCAACAGCAACGGAGGAACCCCGGGCAGCACCGGCAGCAGCUCUGCGGGCAAGAAGAACGGAGAGCCCAGAUCUUCCUCUGACGAUGAUGAGUCCAAAGAGUCCACCUGCAGCCCCACCCCCGACAGCACUGCCUCCCUGCCUGGAUCUGGCAACGGGAACAUGGGCAGCCCGGCCAGCCUCAGCCCCAGCCCCGCACCGACAGGGACAAUCUACAACACCUCCAGCUCCCCUGUGCUCCAAGGGCUCAAGGCACCAAGCUGGUCAAACCUGGGGCCCGCAAACCCAGCUGUAGCUCAGCCUGCUACCCAAACGCAAGAGAUCCUCAAAGCCUGGCAGCCGGACAGUAUGACCGGGCCCUUCGCUGGAGUGCUGUCCUCUUUCCACAGAAAACCCAAUCCAGCGGGCAUCAAGACGAACCUAUUCUGA